AAAAUGAUAAGCUCGCUCUAGAGCUAGUGUUUUCUACUCAGUCCCGGCGAAGAGACUUUCUUUCAGCGGAGAGAGCAGAACCGUAAAAUCACAGUUACUUUUAGCAAAAUAAGACAAGUAGUUAAAAUGAAAGUGAAACUAAUAAACAAGUGUCUUAAACUUAACGAAAAGUAAACGUAAUUUGAGAACUAGCAUUAAAUUCAUUAACUUGGCCAAAACGCCGAGUCAAGGUAACCCCGCACGGUCAAUGCAAAGCCAUUGAUCUUGAAAGCACCUGAGCACCGAAUUUCAGAUGCGAUGAAUUUUCUCAUCCGCUCGCUGUGCGUGCUCCUGCGGGCGCUGGACGCGCUGGCGGCCCCCAUCUUCUGGCUGAAGUCCCGCGGGAAAAAGCGGGCAGUGCCCACGAUCAAGGACCGCCUUUUGAAAAUCAGCGCGACCGACUUGGCCGAAAAAAUCCGCACCGGAGAGUUGAGCAGCGAGCAGAUUUGCGCGGCUUAUGUCAAGCGGAUCAAGGAAGUCAAUCCUUUGCUUAACGCCGUCGUGGAGGAGCGCUUCGAAAGUGCAUUGCAAGAUGCACGUAAUGUCGAUAUCUAUCUGCAAUCGCUGCCAGAACGCGCAGAGUUAGCCAAGACGAAGCCUUUAUUAGGAGUACCGUUGACCGUAAAGGAAAGUUGCUCACUUGCAGGCCUCAGCCUUUGCGGGGGGACGGUGUCCAGGGCCGGAAUCAAAGCAGAUCAAGACGGGGAAGUGGUUGCGAAGUUGAAAGCCAGUGGGGCCAUCCCCCUCCUUGUCUCCAACACCCCAGAAAUUUGCCUAAGUUGGGAAAGCAGCAAUUUCGUGACGGGUCAAACAAACAACCCUUACGACGUCACCCGGACUAGCAGCGGGUCAUCGGGGGGCGAAGGGGCCCUGCUGGGGGCUGGCGCUUCGCUGAUUGGGAUCGGGUCAGAUGUUGCCGGGUCGAUUCGGCUGCCGGCAAUGUUUAACUGUGUUUUUGGGCACAAGCCGACAGCAAGAACGAUUCCGAUAAAAGGGCACUUUCCGUACUGCACGGACGAGCGAUACGCUGACUUUUUUGCAAUAGGACCGAUGACCCGGUACUCGAAGGAUUUAAAACUGAUGAUGAAAGUGAUGGCGAAUGAAAAACUUUUGCCGGAUUUGAGGCUGGAGGAAAAAGUUGAUUUGGGGAAAAUUCGCGUGUUUUUCAUGGAGGAGGAAAGCAAAUCGUUUGUGUCACCGCGAGUGCAAGACGAAAUCAGUCAAGCGAUUAGACAAAGUGUUGAAUAUUUGAAAGUUAAAUGUAAUUGUGAAAUAAUUAGCGACUUUAAAUUCGCGGAAUUAAAGAAUAGUUGCGAAAUUGCGGGAUCGGCGCUUUACAGCUUGGAUGACAUUCCUAAUUUAUUAAAAGCUGAGAACCAAAAUCUGGCUCUCGAGCUACUCAAGAGUGUCAUCGGACAGUCAAAUUACACGUUUAGUUUACUUUUUUUCUACACAUUGCAAUACAUUUUCAAAACAUUUGUUACAAAUGAGGGAUAUUUGAAAAAAAACGAAUAUUUAAAACAGCUUUUUACAGAAAAAUUGGGUCAAGAUGGAGUUUUUCUUUACCCAACAUUUACAACAUCGGCAUUUCACCACGAUUCGUUCUUAUUUAAGUCAAUGGGAGUAUCUUAUUUAAUGAUUUUUAAUUCGCUCGGCUUGCCAGCAACACAUGUCCCUUGCGGACUUGACAAAAAUGGGUUGCCUGUGGGAAUACAAGUUGUGGCAGCCCCUUAUCAGGAUCGAUUAUGUUUUGCUGUGGCGGAAGAAUUAGAAAAGUGUUUUAAUGGGUGGAUAUCACCAAAUUAAUUUUGUAUUACAAUAAAAACCGAAAAAUAAAA